UAAGAAGCAGAAAAUUUAUAUUUAAAAAAAUAAAAAAAGAGAAGGAAAAAUCUAAUCUUGAAGAAGAGAAAGAGAAAGCUUACACAUGGAUCUAGUCUGUGAGACUGAAACGAGGUAGGCUCCAGCCCACGCACGUGUUUUCUUUCUCUCCGUUUUUCGCUCUUCCUGUUCCUAUUUUUAGCUCCUUACUAAUUUUCUAUUUCUUCACAAUAUAUUUUCUCCUAAUUUCAACAUAGAUCCUUAAUUUCGUUCUUUUUUCUCUCCUCCUUUUUUUCUUUCUGGAUAAUCCUGGAGUGGGACCCCUAACUAAAUCUUUUAUCUGAUGGAGGAUGUAAAAGUUGCUGAAGUUAUGCCUCCACCAGAGCCUUCGUCAUCCUCUCAAGAUAAUAAUCAUUCUCAUACUCAAGGCUCAAUAAGCUCAAUUACUAAUGGAAAGGUGGAGCCCGACAGUACGUUAUCAAUAAUGGAGAAUUCUAAUUCUGCACCUGUCAAAGGUGUUUUAGAUAGCGCUGUUCUAGGCCAAGCUCAGCCUCUCGCAGCAGAAAAUUCAGGUCAAAACCAACUUCUUCCAAUAGAAGAUAUGGCGUCAACUUCAUCAGUUGAUAUGAUAGAGACAAACGUUGAAGGUUUAGUCAAGGAAGGUUCAAAAAGUGAAGUGACACAAGAUAUCUCUAAGGCACAAGAAUCUCAAGAAAAAGUUGACAUGAUUCAGGUAUCUUCAAAUGGGCAAUACCAAGAGAAAACUUUACCCAUUCAAGCUUCUGCUAAUGAACUGAAAUGUCAUGAAAAAAGUGAACCCAUGCAAAAUUCCUCCGACAUACAGCAAUCUGAAGAUAAUUGUGUUGAUAGUCCCCUCAUUCAUAUAGAUGACGUGAUACCUGUUGCUUACUCGCCUGAUACAGGCUUGCAAUCUCAUGAGCUUGAUUUGCCUCACGUAAAUGUCAAAGUGCAGACAGAAGUAUCUGCCACUCCCUAUGGAAAAGUUGCAGCUCCUAUUGUGAAAGCAUCAUCAUCGUCCACAUUACCUAAAGAUGUGAAGCAGGGAGACAUAAGUAGAGGUCUUAUUGAUACAAGACCACCUAUUGAAUCGGUUAAAGAAGCUGUUUCCAAGUUUGGGGGAAUUGUAGAUUGGAAAGCCCACAAAAUCCAAACUGUUGAGAGACGCAAGCUAGUGGAACAAGAGCUAGAGAAGGUACAGGAAGAAAUGCCCGAGUUUAGGCAACGGUCAGAGGAUGCUGAACUGGCAAAACUCCAAGUUCUUAAGGAGUUGGACAGUACUAAAAGACUUAUCGAAGAGCUAAAACUCAACCUGGAGAGGGCUCAAACAGAAGAGCAUCAGGCAAAACAGGAUUCCGAACUUGCUAAGCUCAGGGUAGAAGAACUAGAGCAGGGGAUUGCUGAUGAAGCUAGUGUUGCUGCCAAGGCUCAGCUUGAGGUUGCUAAAGCCAGGCAUGCAGCUGCACUUUCAGAGCUUCAAGCUGUUAAUGCUGAGUUGGCAACAAUGCGGAAAGAAUAUGCUUCUUUGAUUGCUGAGAAAGAUGAAGCUGUGAAGAAAGCUGAAGAGGCUGUUUCUGCAGCGAAGGAAGUUGAGAAGACAGUGGAGGAACUGACAAUUGAGCUCAUUGCUACUAAAGAAUCUUUAGAGUCUGCACAUGCUGCGCAUUUGGAGGCAGAAGAGCAAAGAAUAGGAGCAGCCAUGGCCAGAGAGCAGGAUUCCCUCUAUUGGGAAAAGGAACUGAAGCAGGCAGAAGAGGAGCUACAGAGACUUAACCAACAAAUCCUUUUAUCAAAGGAUAUGAAAUCAAAACUAGACGCUGCUUCAGCUUUGCUACUUGAUCUGAAAGCUGAGUUAGCAGCUUAUAUGGAAUCUCAAUUAAAGGAGGAAACUGGUGAAGGAAACACAAAAGAUAAGCAAGAGGCACCUGAGAGAAGAACUCACACUGAGAUACAGGCAGCAGUGGCUUCAGCAAAGAAGGAACUUGAAGAGGUGAAGUUAAAUAUAGAGAAAGCAAAUGAUGAAGUGAACUGCUUGAAGGUGGCUGCCACAUCACUGCAAGUGGAACUCGAGAAAGAAAAAGCGUCUCUUGCUACAAUGAGGCAAAGAGAAGGAAUGGCAUCUAUAGCAGUUUCUUCAAUUGAAGCUGAGCUGGAUAAUACUAGGUCGGAAAUAGCUUUUGUUCAGAUGAAAGAGAAAGAAGCAAAAGAGAAGAUGAUGGAGUUGCCCAAGCAACUGCAGCAAGCAGCACAAGCAGCUGAUGAGGCCAAGCAACAAGCUCAAUUGGCUCGUGAAGAGCUGCGCAAGGCAAGGGAAGAAGCAGAACAAGCAAAGGCUGGAGCAAGUACAAUGGAGAGCAGAUUGAUUGCAGCUCAAAAAGAAAUAGAGGCUGCUAAGGCUUCUGAAAAAUUGGCUUUAGCAGCUAUUAAAGCAUUGCAAGAGAGUGAAUCAGCUCAAAGCAACAAGGAGACAGACUCACCGGCUGGUAUAACGCUUUCUUUAGAGGAGUACUACGAGUUAAGCAAACAAGCUCAUGAUGCAGAGGAACAGGCCAACACAAGAGUGGCAGCUGCAAUAUCUCAAAUUGAGUUAGCUAAAGAAUCUGAAUUGGAAACUGCAAAGAAGUUGGAAGAAGUGAAUCAAGAGAUGGCUGCAAGAAGGGAGGCACUAAAAAUUGCACUGGACAAGGCUGAGAAGGCCAAGGAAGGUAAGUUGGGUGUAGAACAGGAGUUGAGGAGGUGGAGAGCUGAACAUGAGCUAAAACGAAAGAGUGGUGAACCUGGGGAAGGAGUUGCUAACCCUGUUAAAAGCCCAAGGGCGAGCUUUGAAAAAGACAAAGAAGCUAACCUCAACAAAAUUCCGGAUGCCUCAGGUGAGCAUGUAUCGAUUCCAAAAGCGCAUGUAACGGAAACUAGCACUGAAACUGAAUCAUCCCCAGAAGGGAAGAGCCAUAAGAAGAAAAAGAAAUCAUUUUUCCCGCGGUUUUGGAUGUUUUUGGGAAGGAAAAAGACACAUCAUGCAUCCAAGACAGGGUAGGAAUUCAUUGAACCAGAACAGAAGGCGCUGCUUUAGUAGCUGUUUCUGCCUCUAUUGGGCAUUUUUGUUCACAUUGACCAUAAAAGGUGGAUAUGAUCAUACAAAGUUUUUCCUCGAAUGUAAAUGUUAAUUAAUUUGUGUAUGAUAAGUUGGUUGCAUUAUAUAUUUUUUUCUCACAGAUAAGAAGUGGUCGAUUAGGUUUGGUGGGAUAUUUGAUAUUUUUUAGUGUUUGGCUGGGAAAGAACAUAAUAAGUUAUUUCUGUAUUGUAUAGGUUUGUGACAUUCAAACAUCAGGUCGACUCAUUGUAAAGGUUUGAGAUUGGUUUAAUGAAAGAUUUUGGUUUUCUUUUCCCCA